CGUGUGAAGGGGGCGCAACUCCAGUGGGAACGCAGCGCUACACGACAGACUCGCGGGGGCGCUCCGCUGUUCGGAGUCUCUGACCGGAGCCAUUUAUGCCUGUGGAAAACUCAACUUUUAAUGCGUUCUUCAGUAACAGUAUUCUUGUUCUGUUUUUGAUUAUCGUGAUACAAAUAUUUUCCAUAAAUCUGCAGUGAAUGAAAAUCGCACGGUACUCUUCUGUUCUGCUAUUCGAACAAAACAGGUAAACGACCUGACAAUCUGAGGUUGGAGCCAUUGUUGCAUUUGGACAACGCAUCCGGGGAUCGUGGGACCACUCCGCGUGGGCUGGUACGAACAGUGUUUGAACUGAGAUAUACCUCUGAUGGAACUUUGUAAGGACGAUGCAUCUGGAUAUCUGCAGAAGAGAAAAGUCACUCGGUGUUGUAUAUGCUAUUAAAAACUAGUUUCCGGAGUGUAUGGAACGCAUCAAGAAGGAAUAAUUGCAGAGAGAGGAACAUUGGUGUCGGAUUCAUUCGUGGGAGCAUUUCGUACUCUUUGCUCUCUAUGGGUCUUUUUUCCUGGAACAAAUUUUCCGUCCCCGUGGUGACUUAUUGGCGUAAAGAAAGUGGGAGAUGCCUAACAUUUGAGGCCAAAUACUCCUUUUCCAGUACAUUGUUUUUAAACCUUUUCAUUCAACUUAUAUAGUACUUCGUGCCAUUCAUGGAUUUAUAAGGAACGACAUCGGAUUUUUCUGCAGGAAAAUUAAGGGCAUAGAGUGCAUUGUUCUAGUUCUAAUCGAGAACUCUUGAGGGUAUCAUAAUUAAUGAUGGUGCAGACACACCUCAUACCUCAACAAUAAUGACACCAGUAUAGAGGGCUGGUGCUGGCUUUUCAAAUGCCAAUCCGUGCAGCAAAUCACAAAUUCUGUUGACAGAUGUAUUGAAAAGUAAAAUAUUUAUUGUACAUUUAAUUUGCAAAUUCGAUUUUGAAUUUGAAAGUUCUGUGGACAAGGACAGGUUACAUUGAGAAGAAAACAACCACUGCCUCCAUCCAAACAAUGCCCAUUUGUUUACGUUGUCAUAACAACGACUACAGGAUCAUACUAUCCACUGAGCAUCAUUGUUCUCCGUACGUGAUCAGGACGGGACGUUUCUUCUAGUACAGCGACCGGGUACGAUGCCCUCAUCCCAAGUGGAAAUCGCUCUCUCCUCUGCCCUACUGUGCGUCGUGGUGCUCCUGGUUUUGGCGGGAAACACUCUCGUAGUAGCAGCCGUGGCCACAACCAGGAAACUGCGCACAGUGACCAACGUGUUCAUCGUGAACCUGGCUUGUGCUGACCUACUUCUUGGAGUCCUCGUUCUGCCCUUCUCCGCUGUGCUGGAGAUCAAGGACGUCUGGAUUUUUGGACAUCUCUGGUGCCAGGUGUGGCUUGCUGUGGACGUGUGGCUGUGCACGACCUCGAUCCUCACCCUGUGUUGUAUCAGCCUGGAUAGAUACCUGGCCAUCACACACCCGAUCCGCUACCCGGGACUCAUGUCUUCGCGCAGGGCCAAAACUCUGGUGGCUUCCGUUUGGCUCUUUUCUUUCAUCAUCUGCUGCCCUCCUCUGAUUGGCUGGAACGAUACUUCAGGGGAACUCCGUCACAGCAACACGAGUGAGGCCCCUGAUUUUUCUGAUGCUAUUGUGAUGACAACGCAGGCGCUGACAGAUAUAUCCUGUGCUAUUGUAAACAAUUUUACUAGGGUCUCAAAUGUCAAUUUGUCCUGCUUAGAAGAACAAUCGUCAGAGGCCGUUUCGAAAACGUGUGAGCUCACAAAUUCACGAGGAUACCGAAUCUAUGCCGCCCUCGGAUCUUUCUUUAUCCCUAUGUUAGUGAUGGUUUUCUUCUACCUUCAGAUCUAUCGAGCAGCAGUCAGAACCAUCAAUGCCUACGAAAAGGGAGAGUUAAAGAUGAAGUACAGCGCCAACGAAAGCGACGACGGGUCUAAAAUGAGCUCAGUGACUUUACGUAUUCACAGAGGAGGUCAUGGGGGGCUAAAAAGCUGCAGCUGGGGUGGGCGUGGAGGAAAAGCGAGAGACGUCUCUAGUAACGACAAAGAUAAGGGAGGGGGCUCUAGUGCGCACAAAUCAAUCCCUCAUCCCCGCAGCAGUGACGCCAGCCUAGUCACGCUGACGGACCUGACUUGUGAGGGGAUGAGGAACGGAAACAUUGUACGCAGCAGUCCGUCCUCGGAGAGUAUGAAACAAUCAAGUGGCUCAUUUUGCUGGAAGACGGACAAACGAGCACCCGAGCACCAAGAGCGCCUCAACCACAACGGAAACCACCGGAGCUGUGGUAGGUGCAUGGCGUUAAAAUCUCAGACAGCAAGAGGAACCUCUUUGGACUCUGAUGACAGUUCGUCGGGGGAUAGCAGGACGAGGGUAGCAAAAUGUGGACACCCUCAAGGCGGGUCGUUUAACUCCUCACCGUUGCCAAGUUCUUCAUCAAUUCAAGCUUUUGACUCUGUCUUGCACUACAAUAGAUCUGCUUCAAUGCGUGAAAACCCGAAAAGGUUGCGUAUUUCGGGUCAGAAACCCGGUCAAGCUUUGAGACUUCACAUGCAGAAAUUCAACAGAGAGAAGAAGGCGGCUAAAACGUUAGCCAUUAUCGUUGGAGCUUUCAUUGUGUGCUGGAUGCCUUUCUUCACAAUCUACUUGGUGGGAGCUUUUUGUGACUCGUGUGUUUCACCCCUCAUUUUCUCGAUCUUCUUUUGGCUUGGUUACCUCAACUCUGCAAUGAACCCUUGUGUGUACGCAUUAUUUUCGAAGGACUUUCGGUACGCUUUCCGCAAACUAAUGACAUGUAAAGCCAUGUCAAUGAAGCACAGCUUUCGGGCACAAACCUCUGAUGUGCCGGCUAUACAGCUCCAGUGUGCGCCCAACGAAGAGGCCCGGAGUUCAUCGGACAUUGACGGAAAUUGGAGAUAAAAAUAUGUUUGUUGCUGUGUAGUAUGUUAACUGGGGCAUCAGGAGGGCCAUCAUUCAUUAAGAAAUUUGGUUUUCAGUGUACGCGCAUUUACCCAUUAUGUUUUAAGACCUGUACACGUAAUUACGAAAUAAUUGUAUAAAAUAUUGCUAAGGUAUAAUAAUGUAAUAUGGCAUCUGUUGUCGCUCCUAUCCCUGUCCCCGUGGCAUAUUAUGACACUACGAUUAAGUAAUACAUGUCUGGGUCUUUGAAUUGAUGAGUUGUUGGUCAGCGCCAGAGAGUGGGAUAUUAAGGGAAUUUAAAAAAAAAGUAUCUUCACUUGUUUCUGGACAUACUUGUAACUCCUAGCCACUUUUAUUAUACAUACGUCCACAGAGAGAGAGAGCGGAAGAGAGAGAGAGAGAGAGAGAGAGAGAGAGAGAGAGAGAGAGAGAGAGAGAGUUGUUGUGGACAGAAGAGCGAAAUCCCACACACAGCUAUUCGGAGGGCACCAGGCUCUCAAUUAUAACUGACCCAAACGAAAGACUGUGCAAAAACCCUUUCUUAUAAACACCAGCAAUAGCUUGUUAUCCUUUUAAUAUAAUUUCGAUACGUUUUUGUGUGAGUUUGAAGAGAGACCCACAAGGUUUUUUCCCCUAAUAGCUGAUGCAAAAAAGGCAAAGGCAUACUAUUGCGAUAACUGAUACCUUUAUCUGGAACUUCAUUGUUUUCACUUAAAAGCCCCCAACAUCAUUUGUGGUGAAAGCAGUCAGAUUGACGCAAAAAGGAAUUGGUGAUGUUUCCUUGAUCUGAGAAAAACAGAACGUACAGCAUUGAAUUCAUUAUAAUUUUCUGUCUUGUUUAUUGGUGGGAGGGAGGGGGGGAUUGCAACAAGUCCCUGGAAACGCCCGACUUUUUGGAUAGUCGUGCAGUUGGUCCAAAUCUCGGCUGAUUGUGUGAUUCGUUCAGUCUUUGGUCAGUCACAAAUUCUCCGUGAGAGUGGCCUACAGAUGGUGAACAUCUUGUCGUAAAAAGACUGCAAAUACAGAAGAGGUCACAUCCUUCACAGUGGGUCAGUGUGUUCUACAUAAAGCUUACGAACAGUAUGAUGGAGAGGUAUACUUUUGUCACUAUGAAGCUAUUGCGUUGGGAUUAUGAUAUUGUCCGAUUCUGUCUGGGGUCACAGAUUUCUGUCCGACAAGGAACGAAGACACCAUACAGGGACGAUUAUGUUGAAAUAUGAUAUUGCUUCCAGUCAGUGUGAAUGGAUAAAUGAUGGAAGAGCUGUCUUAGAAAAAGGGAGCCGGCUUGUGGAAAGGGCCCGACUUGGGUCACGUCCCUUAACGAAAUGGGUUAAACGGAACACGAAAAAGAGACACGUUAUUAUGAUCUUCACGAGAAAGGAAAUGAACCUAAAUCUUCCAAGGUUCGCCUCUUUUCGGAGUAUUUUUCUUUUCUGAUUAUUUUUCUGUUCUGAGGGUAUCCUUGUCUUUUCAAGAUGGACGGCGCCAGAGCAAGUCUUAGUCGUAAGAUUAGGGUUCGAUUGUUUUUUUAAGUUUUGCAGAACGACGCAAGCUACGAAGAGAUAUUAAAAUGUACUCAACAAAUCUAA